AUGGAAUAAAAACCAGAUUUAUUUGAAGUUCUUGCUUCAUCAAAGGAUAUUGAUGAAUAAAUAUACAAAGCAAUCAUGGAAAUAUUUAGAAAAGAAUAAAUAUCAGACUGUUUAAAAUUUUUUUCAGAUGAUGAAAAUCUUUAAAAUUAUGAAUAAAAAAUUUUAUUUAUAAUGAAUCCAUCACUAGUCAAUUAAGAAGAGAAGUUGUAUCUGAUGAAAAACAAUAUGAAGUUAAUUAUAAAUAUUUUGAAAUAAGUUAAACAUCAUGACUUUUUUAAUAAUAAUUAUUCCACUGAAAUUUAUUAGAAAGCUAGACAAGAUUUAAUUAAAAGAAUAAAUGAUCAACAAAAAAUUAUCUAAUUUUUAUAAUUUUUAGUUUAAAUUACAGCUAUAGAUGUAAGAUUUAUAUAAUGUGGAUCAAAUUCUUUAAAUUUAUUAGUUUAAAUGAAGGUUGAUUUAAAGAACCAAUGUUUUGAAAAUAUCAAGAUUGAGAAUACUUCUUUAAUUGGAGGUAACUUUUUCAGAUGUAAUUUGAGUGGAUCCGAAUUUUAAAAUGUUGAUAUAAGUGGAAUGAAUCUGAAUGGAGCUUAAUUAUAUCAUUGUAAAUGGAAAAACUUAAAAAUUCAUGAGUUACACUAAUUAGAAGGCCAUAGAAGUAGUGUAAGAUCGGUCUGUAUUUCUUCUGAUGGAAGCACAUUAGCAUCUGGUAGUGAUGACAUGACUAUCUGUUUAUGGGAUAUUAGGACUGGAUAAUAAAAAGGCAUAUUGAAUGGUCAUACUAGUUAUAUACAAUCAGUAUGCUUCUCUCCUGAUGGUAAUACAAUAGCAUCUGGUAGUUCGGAUAAGUCUAUUCGAUUAUGGGAUUUUAAGACAAGAAAAAAAAAAUUUUAAUUAGAUGGUCAUGAUAGAACUGUUUACUCAGUAUGCUUUUCUUAUGAUGGUGAUACUUUAGCAUCUGGUAGUGCAGAUAACUAUAUUCGUUUGUGGGAUAUUAGGACAGGAUAAUUAAAAGUCAAAUUGGAUGGCCAUACUAGUUCUAUACAAUCAGUAUGCUUCUCUCCUGAUUGUACUACAUUAGCCUCUGGUAGUUCAGAUAAGUCUAUUCGUUUAUGGAAUUUUAAGACAGGAAAAUUAAAAGCCAAAUUAGAUGGUCAUACUGGUUAUGUAGAAUCAGUAUGUUUUUCUCCUGAUGGUACUACAUUAGCAUCUGGUAGUUCAGAUAACUCUAUCCGUUUAUGGGAUAUUAGGAGUGGAUAAUAAAAAGACAAAUUGGAUGGUCAUAGUGAUUAUGUAAGAUCAGUAUGUUUCUCUCAUGAUGGUUCUACAUUACUGUCUGGUAGUUACGAUUACUCGAUCCGUUUAUGGGAUGUUAAAACAAAAUAAUAAAAAGCAAAAUUGGAUAGUCAUAAAUAUGUAGUUUAUUCAGUUUGCUUCUCUCCUGAUGGUACAACUUUAGCUUCUGGUAGUGAUGAUAAAUUUAUACAUUUAUUGGAUGUUAAGAUUAGUUAAUAACUAGCUAAAUUGGAUGGUCAUAGUGAUUAUGUUAGAACAGUAUGCUUCUCUCCUGAUGGUACUACAUUAGCAUCUGGUAGUUCAGAUAACUCUAUCCGUAUAUGGGAUACGAGGACCGGAUAAUAAAAAGCAAAAUUGGAUGGUCAUGUUUAUACUAUACAAACAGUAUGUUUCUCUCCGAAUGGCACUAAAUUAGCAUCAGGUAGCUAUGAUAAAUCUAUCCGUUUAUGGGAUGUUAAGACAGAACAAUAAAUAAAAGUAUUUGAGGGUCAUAGUAGAGGAAUCAACUCAAUAUGCUUCUCUCUUGAUGGUACGACAAUAGUAUCUGGUAGUUCUGAUGACUCUAUCCGUUUAUGGGAGGUUUAGACUGGAUAAUAGAAAACCUAAUUGAAUGGUCAUAGUGAUUAUGUAAGAUCAGUAUGUUUCUCUCCUGACGGUAUUACAUUAGCCUCUGGUAGUUCAGAUAAGUCUAUUCGUUUAUGGAAUUUUAAGACUGGAAAACAAAAAGGAAAAUUGAAUGGUCACAGUGAUUAUAUAUAAUCAGUGUGUUUCUCUCCUGAUGGUACUACAUUAGCAUCUGGUAGUUCAGAUAAUUCUAUCUGUUUAUGGGAUGUUAAGACAGGAACAUUAAAAGCCAAAUUAAAUGGUCAUAGUAAUUCAGUCUUAUCGGUUUGUUUCUCUCCUAAUGGUACAACUUUGGCUUCUAGUAGUGAAGAUAAGUCUAUCCUUUAAUGGGAUGUUAAGACAGGAUAAUAUAAAGCGAAAUUGGAUGGGCAUUCUAGCUCUGUACAAUCAGUAUGCUUCUCUCCUGAUGGUACUACAUUAGCAUCUGGUAGUUCAGAUAAGUCUAUCCGUUUGUGGGAUGUUAAUACAGAUUAAAAAAUUGAACUCUCGGAUAAACUUUACAAAGAAGAUUAAGCCUAAUCUGAAACUCUUCUUCUUUCAAAGAAUCCUCUCCUGAAAAGUGGUAUUGAUGUUAUUAUAUUUAGUAACUUCUGAUAUUACUAUUCUCCUUAUUUCUGAAACACCAAAAUUUUAAGCACAAAAUACUUUAAUUUUGAAAGGAGAAUUUCAGAAUCAUCUCGGCCUAAAUCUAAAAACAUUAUUAAAGCAAAAAGGAGGUUGCAUUUUAGAGAAAUGA